AUGUCGCCAAACAUCAACCUCGACCGCCGAGGCGAGUACAUUAACGAGCUGAGGACCAUCUACUCCGUCGUGACAACAAUCUACGCAUCCACCCAAUCAACAUCCGAACCAACAUCAACACAAGACCCAUUAAUAACAGCCACCGCGGGAGUAGUCUCCAGCAUCGACUCUGACGAUACAACCUCCUCCACUACCGCUCCCACGACAUUCUCAGAUGACGAUACCGCCACAACAACAUCCCAACAACCCAACGUCGUCACAGUAACAGAAACCCGUCUCGUCUCGACAAUGUAUAUGACCUCAGUAGCAACGCAAGCAUCUUCCCCCAAUCAUAAUAGUACAGCUGGUCUAUCCCCCGUCGCGAAGGCCGGAAUAGGAGUCGCGGUGCCCAUCGCUGUUGCUAUCAUCGCGCUUCUCAUAUUGGCGUGGUUCCAGAGGUUCAGAAAAAGAAGACAACAGAUGGGUGGAACAAAUAGCGAAGAAAGCGGACAGGACACAACUAUUCAGCAUGCAGAAGGGAAGAACCAAGAUAUAAUUCAGAACACUACGGCUCUACUCCCAGAGAUCGAUGGUGCGCCACUCAACGAAUCCGAUAGUCGGCCGGUACAUAGCUCGGCUGAUCGGCCUGUAUUCGAGCUAAGUACUGGGUCUGUUCGCAAGCCGAGGCGGGGUGAUCCGGAGAUUGGAUCUGGGGCUGCAGUGAUAGAUGGGGUGAAUGCUAAGCAGGGUGCUAGUGGUGGUGAGGUAGCUUCAUCAGCCUCGGCUACAUUAGGCGAAGCGCCGGCUGAACUAUCGUCUGAUGGCGUUAGGGACGGGGAGUCGAUAGCGUCGGUGGUGGCUUAUGAAAGGAUGAGUCCGUCAGAGUUGCAGGAGGAAUUAGCGAGGGUGGCGAGGAGUAGAGAGCGAUUGCAGUAUUUACAGAUGUUAGAGGAGAGGGAGGAUAUGAUUCGGAGGGUGCUUGCGGGGCAUGGGGAGGAUGCGGUCUCAGGGGCUGAGAGCCGAAGAAACGGCGGUGGGUGA